AUGAAGGCCGCCCGCAUCGCGCUGCGCACCGCCGCCCCCUUGGCAGGGGCCAGCGGCGGCGGUAGCAGCAGCAGCAGCAGCCGCGGCCGAUUGCCGCGGGAAGUGGAGCAGUUCUCCCGCUUCUCUCCCUCCCCGCUCUCCAUCAAGCAGUUGCUGGACUUCGGCUCAACUAAUGGAUGUGAGAGAACUUCUUUUGCAUUUUUGCGACAAGAACUUCCUGUGAGGUUUGCAAACAUACUGAGAGAAAUUGAUCUUCUUCCUGAUAAAUUACUAGGCACUCCAUCAGUACAAUUAGUAAAAAGCUGGUACAUCCAAAGCCUAAUGGAGCUGGUUGAGUUCCAUCAGAAAAGCCCAGAUGACCAAAAAGUCUUAUCUGACUUUAUAGAUACAUUAAUUAGGGUCCGAAACAGACAUCAUGAUGUGGUUCCUACAAUGGCACAAGGAGUAAUUGAAUACAAAGACACUUUUAAAGUAGAUCCUGUCACCAAUCAAAACAUUCAGUAUUUUUUGGAUCGUUUUUACAUGAGCCGCAUUUCCACCCGGAUGCUAAUGAACCAACACACCCUUCUUUUUGAUGAUAAAUCCAGCUCAGGGCACCCAAGGCACAUUGGAAGUAUUGAUCCUUGCUGUGAUGUUGCUGAAGUAGUGAAUGAUGCUUUUGAAAGUUCCAAGAUGUUGUGUGACCAGUAUUACUUAACAUCGCCAGAACUGAAACUUACUCAAGUGAAUGGAAAACUUCCAGGAGAGCCAAUUAACAUCGUAUAUGUUCCAUCUCAUCUUUUUCACAUGCUUUUUGAGCUCUUUAAGAAUUCAAUGAGGGCAACUGUUGAAUUCCAAGAAAACAGUCCUUCCCUUUCUCCAAUUGAAGUGACAGUUGUUCUAGGACAAGAAGACCUGGCAAUUAAGAUCUCAGACAGAGGAGGUGGUGUUCCAGUAAGGAAAAUUGAGCAGCUGUUCAGCUACAUGUAUUCCACAGCACCAAGACCAAGGAUGGAUGAUGGUCGAAAUACCCCUCUUGCUGGCUUUGGGUAUGGCUUGCCAAUUUCUCGUCUGUAUGCUAAAUACUUUCAGGGAGAUCUAAAUCUCUAUUCCAUAUGUGGUUAUGGAACAGAUGCUAUUAUCUACUUGAAGGCCCUAUCAACAGAAUCAGUAGAAAAACUCCCAGUUUUUAACAAAUCGGCUUCCAAGCAUUACCAAGCUACCUCAGAGGCGGAUGACUGGUGUGUCCCAAGUAAAGACCCAAAGAAUGUGUCAAAGCGGAGUGCAGUUCUCUGAAGAGAAGUUGGUAUCCAGGCACCCAAGGGGAUCAAGCUGGCUUCUCAAAAAAGACUAGUGUUUGGAAGUAUUCAUCUACCUCCAAACAAGCAAAUUCUUCAGUUUGAGGACUGGCAGAAGAGAAAGAAAAUAAGGAUGUUAUAGGCUGUAUGUACUGAAUGUGAAAUCUUGCUGUGAACUUCAGGAUGAGGACUAUUUUUUUUUCUUAUGAUCAAAGACUUGAUGCGGUAGAGGUGUGCAAUUUCUGAGUCCUGUUUAAUGCUUGAAUUCUGAAUACUGAUAAAUGUCAGUUAUGCUGGUGUAUAUUUUUCUCCUAGAAUAGUUAUCAGCAGUUCAUCUUAAUACAGAACUUCUCAGGUAGAUAGAUGACAUCUGUACUUUAAAGCUGUAUUUACAACAUUUGGAAAAGAUCCACUUAACAUGGCAGUCUUGUAGCAAGAUACAAACAGCAUUCAAAUACAGCCUGACUGGGAGGGAGGGAGCCCUGGGAGGUAGGGAGAAAGUGUUUUCCAUAUAUAAGGAAGUCCUGUUUUAAAAAACUGUAUUCAAGUACAGUACAAUUCUUAUGUGAUGCCUUGCUCUGUGAGUUACAUCAUUGCUAGAUUUUUUUUUUUAUCUUAAGCUGUUCAUGGAAAAACUAGCCAAGUAAGGCUCCUAUGCAUAAGGUAACUAAGAAGGAAAUUGGGAUAUUUUAGAAAGCUACUGGAAAGAAAUGGAAAGCUACUUGGUUAUAGCAGCUGUAAGGUUAGGCUACAUCUAGCCUACAUCCCUGCACUCCAGAAAGUGUGCUAAGUCAGUAGGUGAGGAUUUUCCAAGAACUGAAGUCAGACAUGCAAGUUGAAAGGAAAGGUUUUGGUGACACGUAUUAUAUAAGUGUGAUGUGGGAAACAACUGCAUGUUUAAAACAUGGUCUUGUGGUUCCUUUUUGUCAUGGUGUUGCAAGAUUAGUGGCUCAGUACACUAAACCAAAAUCUGCCUAUCAAUCAUCUUUGUCAAAUUUGUAUUGGACCACACUAGCUCAAAGAGGUACAAGGGGAUUCUACACCUUGAAAGUUGUGAUGAGCACUGAAGGUCUUUUUGAAAGGUUUUCAGGAAGAGUGGUUUUGGAACUAGAAUUUUGUUCUAAGAACUGUUCAUUGCAAUGGAAAGGGCUUAGGAAAUGAGAACUUUCAAAAUACGAACAGCACUGAAAACUAUAGAAUUAACUUUUAUGAACAGCAAAAUAACGGGGAAUUGUCACAAGAACAGUGCCAGUGGGAGAGAGCUGUUGGGAAAAUAUUCCAUUCUCAAUAAGCUUCUUCCUUUCCCAUUUUCUUUGUGCAUUUUCCCCCUUAUAAGCAAGGUAAACUUAAUGACAGAAUAGAAGUUAAACUAUUGGACAUUGCCAAACUGGCCUGUCAAAGUUCAUCAGGGCUGUAUAACACAACUUGAUUUUUUUUUUUUUUACUAAUUAGCAUAUUAUCUUAGCGUAUAUGAUCCUGUGCAAGAAGUUGCAAGUACAGUAUUUAAAGUAUCCUGCUCAGUCGUAUGACAGUUUUCUAAAACAGAUUUGUAUUUGUUGGACAGAAAGCCACUCCAUACUCUACUGUGAAUGUCAAGGGUUUUUUAUAGGAACGAGAGAAAGCUGGAACUACCUUUGUGUUCUAGAAGUCCUGUUGGGACAGAUUUCUCAAUCAAAAAUAAAAUAGUAUUCUGAUAUGCUUCAUUUCUUUUAAAAACUAAAUUUAGAAGUAUUGGUGAUAACUACUGAGCAUAAUGACUUCAGUACCGCAUGAAGGCUGUUUUUAUCCCAGUGAAUAAGCUGCAGUCACCAAAGGUCACCAGAUCAUGUAUCUGAGCUCAGUUCAGUGAAUGAAAUGGAUAAUAAAAAUGAAGUAUCUUUGUCUAGAAUAUAUAGGUGUGAAAAAGCUGCCUUCAGUGCCAUAAUAUACUUGAAUACUUGUUGAUUUUGUAUGGAAUACAACGUCACAAAAACAUACCUAGGUAGUCAUUGUUGUCAAGUAAACACAAAUUAUACCUCUCUGUCUGCACCCGGUAAUGCUUGAACAUGAGUUAUGAUCUCAUGAUACGCUGUACAUCUGUAACAUCACUGCAGCUACUCCAGGUAGGAGCUGUAACUUAUAUCUCAAAGCAACUGAAGGACAUGGGUGCUGUGAACACGUCUGUAAUGUUUGCAGAGAGAAGCUGCAGAACACAUUCACGAUGCAGAGUUGUGUAUAGCACUUAAGGAACCCACGUGGAAUCUCUGUAGUAUAAAAAUUACUUAAGGGCUAUCUACCUAGAUGAUACAGUACCUUUUUCAGCACUUACUGAAUUUUUAUUCCUGAAAAUAGAGCUGUAGUUCUAAGCCUUUUACUUUCAUGUAGAUGUUGAAAUAAUUUUAUAAUAAAAUCUUCUAAAUGAUG